CUUUUCAACCUCCAUUGCCGUCAGUCCACAAAAUAACCCUAGCCGCCACAACCAUUCGCUCGCCAACAGAUUUGUUCCAAGUCGCCAUCGACGAAUGAAAGGCUCUGUCGCCGCCAUUAUUAGAUCUUCACCGUUCCCAAUCGUACAAGUAACAGAGAGGAAGAGUAAGAGAAGAAGAAAACGAGCGAGGGAUGGCGUUGACGCCGUCGAAGACGCAGCACAAGCGACGAAGAGGAAUGGGCGAGGGCGAUGGAGAGGGAAAUAGCUUCGGUUACGAUUACGGCGGCGGUGAAAUCUUCCUCCUGUCGUUGCAGAUGGUGGAUGCCGCAGGUGGUGCCGCCGCUACUGUGUUUGAAGCAGACGAGCAGAGCAGGAGAGGAGGUCUUCGAUGAAUUGGUGAGCGUAAGAAAUGUUGUACGUUAUUCGGAAUUUCGGAUGGGUAAUUAGGGUCGAGGGACAAUUCAGUCUAUUCAUUCCUUUUAUGGUCAGUUUUUUGUUCGCACAAAAUUUGAAUAUUUGAUCAUAUUUUUGUAAAUUUAAACUCUAUAAAUAGUAUCUGGCUCAUUCUUUCUUUUAGGUUUGCCAGUGACCUUCCUUUAUUUUUGUUUGGAAAUAGGGCUAAAUAAGUCCACGUACUAACCAAAAAAUUUCAAAUAAGCCCUUAUAUAGGAGGCUACGUCCUACCGUCUUCAUAUGGGGCAGUUCCAGUGGAAAUUUUUGAUGCAAUUUUUUAGCAUGUUAUUCAUUAAGUCUAGUUUACUCAUACCAAAUUUCAGCUAAAACUUCAAUUGGGAAGGCAGUUAUUUUCAAGAAUUUAUUUGAAUGUCUUCCCAAUUGAACUUUUAGUUGAAAUUUGGUAUGAGUAAACUAGACUUAAUGAACAAGAUUCUCAAAAAAUUCUUAAAAGAUUCUCAAAAAAUGUCACCAAUAAAUGGGGCAAUUUAUUUAAAUGGUGCCCCACUUAAAUGAAUUGCCCCAUUUAUGGCCACACAUUAGGGGGUGAGGGUAAAAAUGAGGUACAUUUUGGGGUACCUUCAGCAUUUGUGUUUUUUUAAACCUAGAAGAUGAACCACCCACCGGUGAUAUAAAUGACGAGGAACAUUUACUAUAAUUUAUUAAAAAAAACCAAUAUUAAAAAAUUCAUCGAAGCUAGGUUUUGUAAUUCUAGGUAUCCUGGACAUGGGGAUAUGAACCCUAAGGUCACUCAUUCCAUAAUUUGGAGGCGAUUAUGUCAUACUACCUCCGUCCCGAUGGACUUUGUCAAGUGCAAAGUAGGUGAGAUAUAAGAAUAAUAAGAACUGUGUGGUUGAGAUUUGUGCAGAGGAGAAAGAAAUGUGCAAAACCACAAAUUAGUUGCUUUAAUAGGAAAGUGACAAAAUUUUUUCGGAUAAUAAAAAAGGGAAAGCUGACAAAGUCCAAUGGAAUGGAGCGAGUAUUAAUCGCAGGGAAUAAACUUAUCUGGUUGCCUGAUUUGGAAGGAAAUUUCUCUAUUGCUACUGCUUUUCAAGAAGUCAAGAGGAGUAGGGCUCCUACUCUUUCAUCUCGCUGCAUCUGGAAUAAAAAUAGGACCCUGCAAAUCAAAAUCAUUCAGUGGAAGUUACUUAACAACAUGAUUGAUGUUGCUGAGAAUUUGCUUUGGUUUAAUAAAGUUAUCUAACUAUCUAUUUCCCUUUUGCGAGGCAUUCAAAGUCUAUUGACAAUAUUUUCUAUUUAUGUCCAGGAUAAAAGAUAUAUGGUCAUACUUUAUGGGUAUAUUCCAGCUCAACAUUUCAGGAAACAUUUCAUGGCACAUUUGGAUCUCAUCAAAAUCUACCUCCUGAGAAUCUGAGAAGAGGUUUUGGAAGAAUUCAAAUGUUGCCUUCCCUUUAUCUUCCAGAGAAGAGAGAAUAACCCCAGAAGAAUAUGUUAUUUGAGAUAACAACAUAAGGUUGUGAUUAGAAGAUGAGAUGUUCAAAUUAUCAAUCAGUAGAGAAUCAAAGCAGUCCAGAAAUGAAGAGUUGAACAUGAAUCUAUCAAGUCUUCUCCAGAGUCUUCCAUUUCUCCUCACUCCACCAGUAUGUCCAGGCAUGAAAUCAUCACCUUGAGGAUCAUGGCUGGUUUGAGAUUCUUCUGUGAUCACUUCAUCUGCUGGAUCAACUUCUUGGGUAGCAUGCUGCUUUACUAUAAUAUCAACCUUCCUGCACAAACUUGGUCAAGAAUAUCCAGUGGAUCAAUAAACUCAUCCUCUGAUUCAGAGCCAGUAAGAUCCACUGGGAGGAGGAUAGAGUGUCAAAUGGAAAGGCUGCCAGGAGUGCCAGCUUUCAAGACAUCAACAAAUGGUUUUGUCUUUCCAAAAAAAAUCAACAAAAUGGCUUGUCUUUAGACAUUACUGCCCACAUGCUUUAAUGAAUCUUGAACAGAUGUGGAUAUCUUAACCACUUCUUUCUCUACAAUAUAGCCUACCAAUUAGUUUAAGCUUGAUUUUUUAUUAGAAAACAAACCAUGUGAUUUCACAUUCUGAGGUUUUAAUGUAUGAAAAACACCAUAUUUUAUAGGUUUCUGUUGAAGUCUGAGAGGGUGCACCACCAACCAUUAGGUGGCACUGCACAUGGUUUUGCCUUUUUCCUUCACAGCUUAAAUAACUUUGUUCCAUAUGCUUUUUCAUGUCCAAGCUAAGGUUGGAAUAUAUAUUUGGAAAUGCGCCAUGUUUACUCAUAGAGUUAAGUCCAGUGAACAAGUUUUUUAGGCUAUUAUGCUCAUAGCUUCACAUAACUCUUGAUGGUUUUUCGUUUCAAUUUAUUCAAAUAUGGCAGGAAGUACUAAUCGUUUAACUCAGACAUUACGACACAUAAAAAUUAUUAUUUUCGACUUCCUCAAUGAUAGUUUAUAACUGCACAUCCUCUUGCAGUCUACACAGAAUGCAAUAAUCAACCAAUCCUUCGAAUCUUUGCUAAAUAUGAAAAACCAAUUACAAAGUGAAGCUAUUAGACCAUGAAGAAAUUAGUUCAGGGUUAAGUGAUCAUAAUAUCAUUCAAACUGUGCAUCAAAAGAUGUAUACUUUAAAAUUUCUGAUUACAACGAAGUUCAUGUAACAAAAUUUAACUCCUCUAAGCUGAUAUGUGUGUGUGUGUGUGGUUUCUGAGAUUCUACAUGUCCUUAUCUAAUAAGGACAGAACAAAAAGAGAAAAAAAAGACUACAUUUGUACAGGCAAACUCCUCUCUUUUAUUAACAUUUUUCCUACUUAACUGAGCUGCUGGUACAGUCUCUCAAGGUCUACUAUGUACUCAAACCGGAGAUGACUAAAGGUACGGUGAUUCCAACAAGUUGAUGAUCAAAUGCAAAUUCUUUAUCAUCUUGAGAUAGCAAGUCUUGGAAUGAGGAUCCUUCAAGUAUGAUACCGGAAUGACAAAGCACUUCAUCUCUUACGCCCACGUGAACUACAAAGUGCCUAUUAUUAACCGAAUGUGGUGAAUAGGGUUGAAUGUAAUUAUAUGUGUAUAUAUGUCUUAGCUAUUGAACAAAUGUGGUGAAUAUGCAUACCGGCUGAAAUGUGUUUAUGUAUAUAAAUCCCAUAAGAUGUGAAUUGGGCGGUGGCUAAAAGAAUUUGGAUGGGAGGGAUAGCCAUAUAUUAUGUUAGUAUGACUGGUAAUGUAGUUCCAGUUUCC